AUGGCCGGCUUUUUAACUCCACUCCUCACGGCGGCAGUUUAUACCGGCCGAGACAAACCCCUACUGGAGCUAGAACGCAAGGAUCCCCAGUCCCUCAUUGAAGCAGCUCUGACUGAAUUGUCUGACCUUCCUCCCGAUGUCACCUUCGCAACUCUUAGAUAUCUAGUUACAAUUGUAAAGAGAACUAACUUAUCCACUGAAGUUUAUAGGCAGUUCUUCAAGAGCCUUGUUGAAGAUCGCUGGCUGGCUUUACGAGGGGAAACCGAGACCGACGUGCUCGUAAUGACUGCUUACUGCGACCUGGCGGGUCAGGUGAGCCGACGUGCACAGUUACAGGCCGAGGAGUACCUGCAUCUGGUUGCGUUGUUGUCGACUGGGCUUGUGCAACUACUUGGUCGCGGCGGCGGUGCUGGAGCCGGCGCCGGCCCGGCGCAAAAUGACGGCCUGAAGGUUUCAUGUUUUAGUCGCGUGUUGAGGGAGUUGUUUACUCGAAGACUGCCUGCCUACCGCAGCACGCAACGCCGAGUUUUGAACGCCGUAUUGGAGGAUCACAGCACAGUCGUUACACGCUACGUUGAGCAAUUCUGGGCGCAACAGCACUUGGCGGCAGACUCCACCACGGCGUCUGCGACCGGUGCCUUGCCGUUCCGAGAGUUCAAGAGCAUGGUGCAGGCUAUGGUCCUUUCGCCCGUCUUCCCGGACCCCACGGCGCCCAACGUUCCGGUGGAAGUCUUUGCGGCUUCGCUGGACGCGAGUGGGUUGUGCACUGCCGUGUUGCACGGCGGGGCCGCGUUGGAGCCGGUGGUGGCGUGUGCCUUGGCGCAGGCGGCUGAGUGGCCGAUUGCCGCGCAGUACAGCGUGUUGUUGUCGCUGGCGGCGGCGCAGCCGGCGACGUUCGAACAGCUCGUGGCGCAGGGCGCGCCCCCGACGGCGUCGUUGCAGCCGCUCGUGGCUGAAGUGCGUGCACACACGCUGCCCGCGCUCUGCGAAAGCCUCGAAGACCAUAUCGCACACAGCUGUGCACGGGCCGUUGACGUCGCACUGGAAACCGCCGGCGACGCGGGCGACGCCUGGACCGUCGCCGACGGGGUCGCGGUCGUCCUCCUUGGGCGCUCGCGCCUCGUCGCGCGGGAGCUGGCCCAGUUCAACGACUCCGUUAUCAACGCGCUUUUGGCCACACACGUUGCGGACCUAACGGUCGAAAAGAGCAGUAGCUAG